AUGGCGCGCCGGAGAAACAUACAAAAAUGUCGCGGCCAAAAGCGCAAGCGAAGCCCGGUUCAGCAACCAUCAAAGAUCGGCUGGUCAGAUCUGCCUUUAGAAGUAAGAGAAAUGAUCCUAGAGGCUUUGGAGGACUCGUUACAAGGUGGGAAAGCAGCCUCAUACGCCUCUGUCUCCAAGGAAUGGAACCGGAUCCUUGAGCCUUACAUCUUCAAACGUCUCAAGUUGUUACCGCCAUAUAGUUUGGAGGGGUUCCAGUAUUUUAUUACCGAUCGAUGUCGACCAUUCGUCCAGUUCAUAUGGUUCCAGUUUCAGAGAGAUUGCCGCCCUGACUGGGGCAACACAGACUUUGAGGAGCAAAAAAGGCUAGACCAACUCCAAUUCGCAUACGCAGUUUACUGUUUGUUUCAGAUACUUUCGGAAUGGGGUGAACGGAAAGCAGGCCAGCCAGGCAUUGUUUUGGAGCUGAGCGCGUUCUCAUCCUCUGACCCUCGCUACUCCAUGAAAGACACCGUACCAAAGGAACUCGAAAACGUUAACAUUAAGGAGGAUAGCGAUGCAUUAAACGCCGUGUACGAGAAAUCUGCUGUCCGCCAAACGCGCAAAUUGUCGGUAGAAGAUAUGAUCUAUCGAAAGAAUUCACAUUUGGAGUUCAUGUAUGAAGCUUCUAGUUUUCCACUCGUAGUGGAAGCACCAUUUCCUACGGUGAACUUGGUCACAGACCUUACCGUACGUCGACAGAUUCACAGCAGCUUUUUUGCACAAUACAUGGGACGUUUGGUCAAAGCACUCCCCCGGCUCGAGUUCAUCACAUUCGAGCCAGUGUACGAUUCUGCCGACUGGGAGCUUGGCUGGUUCCCAUAUUCGAGUCUAGAGCCCAUGAAGAAAAUUCUGAACGCGAUGCCAUCUUCGAUUAGACGCUUGCAAGUGUUUGAGGAUGACAUAUCAUUAUAUGACCGUCAUCGACCACGCCGCUGGGUCGACCGCCAUGCUCUGGGCCAACUGGCCGCGAAAGUCAGCCAAGACAAAGAGCCAGAGGUGCUGGCAAUGUCCUUCAUCAUCGAUGCCUCGGAUUUUUUCGGAGACUUUUAUUCAGAUUUUCCGGCGCCCGAGAUAGCGCGGCGUCCAGGUGAAAAGGUCGGAUGGGCCAAACUUACCUCGCUGACCUUGACUUCUUCCAACUUCAAUCCGCAUCCUAGCGGCGUCCCAUCCCUAUUGAUGGCAGCCGCAAGAGCCGCGCGCCAUAUGCCGAGUUUAGCGAUUAUGGAACUAUAUAAUGCAGGCUUUGGAUACGGUGGCAUCUUCACUUACAUACACGAUGAAGAAGGCAGUAUCAUCCAGUGGGAGAGUACUUGGAAGUGGGAACUUCCAUCCGACGUCAUUGACAUUUGGAGAAUGACUGCAAGAGUUCACGGCACGGAGAUCCUUGAGCAUAAUUCAGGCCGGAUAACAUCACGCGAUUUAGGAUGGCCGGCUAGGAUAAUAUCACUGCUUCGUACACGUGAGACGGUAGUGCACCCCUUUACAUAUUGCAACAUGAUGAAUGGAUUAAACCACAGGUAG